GAAGAUACAAACACAUUUGUCUUCAUGUAUUAACAUGAAUGUGUUUGCGGAUUUGUUGACCUUUUUAGGUCGAGAUAAGUUUCAACAAUUCCUAGAUGAAACACCUUUUGGAUUUUUUUAUAAUUUGCAUCACAUUAAAAUCCAAUGUCAAUUGUUGAGACACUUAUUUAUAAUGGGGAAUGAAAAUGUUAAGGAUGACAUGUUUGUCAUUAAAGUAAAUGGUAAAGAGUUACAUUUUGGGUUAAAAGAGUUUGUUGCUAUAACUGGUUUGAGAUGUGGACUAGUUUCUGAUUUUGUAUCUGAUCCACAUGUUCCAAACAGACUCAUUGCUGAAAAUUUUGGAGAUUUUAAUAAUGUAUCCAAGUCAGAUUUUUAGUACAAGUUUAAAUUGCAAAAUUUUUGGGAAGAAGAUGACCGUCUAAAAAUCGGGAUCUUGUACUUUAUUUCUUCAUUUCUGACUGAAUCAGACCCUUCAAAAACAACAAUUCCAAAAUUGUAUUUUGAUUUGGUCGAGUCUGGACAGUAUGCCACAUUCCAUUGGGCAAAUGAGUGUUUUAAUUUAACACUCAAAGCUUGCAAUCAAAAAUUCAAAAAAAAUCCAUCGUCAUUCAAAUUCUGCCAGUUCCACAUAGCAUUGCAGAUAUGGUUUUAUGAGUGUUGUCAUCCAUUUGACAACACAAUUGCUAUACGUGUUUCAAAUCGCACACCGAGAAUCCUGAACUGGAAGACACCUAAUGACGUCAUUCUUUUUGACGAUUUGAAGAAAAUAAUUUCAGAACACAUGGCAAUCAGGUAUUUUUCUUACAAUGUUAUUACAUUCAUUAUAAAUCAUUAUACAUUAUAUAUUUUUUUUACUGCAGCAUAAAUUCAGAAAUAGUCUUCUCUGAAGAAGAGUUAAAUCUCAUGGACGAAACCAUUUUAAAUCAGUCCAGCAGCCACCAUGAUUCAAAAAAUCACAGAUCAUCGGAAAAUCGUGCUGUUGAUAGUGAACAUAAAGUUGAAGAAUUGAGAGCUGAUAUUGCAGAGGUUAAGCAGAGUUGAAAGAACUCAAAAUCUCUGUUCACAAGCACAUGGCUGAUAUCAAGAGUUAUGUUGAUAACUCCACCAAAAUGAUAAUUGAUGAGAUUCGAUUGUCAAGAGGAGAACAAAUACCCGAAGAACAACCAGAGGAAAACGCCAACCAUCAUGCUACACAAUCUGAUCCAACAGAUAUGCCUACAGUUUCAAUUGGACAACAAGUCCAAACUUCAAACACAGCUGCUCAAAAGUCAACGGAUGAUUGUUUAAAUGUUGAUGCAUCUACAACGUCAAAUCAAAACCACCAACAUUGGACGAUUAUCCUGAUUUUACCAUGACACAAAUAAUUGCACUUGAUCCGAUUCUUAAUGCCACCACGACUCCAAAUGUGCGAACAAGACACAAGAAUGUGGUUAAAUACGAUUCUUCUCCUUAUAUCAGAAUGUCGGAAGGAGAAAGCAGUUCAAAUAGAGUACCUACAUUCUUUCAAAUCAAACAUCCAUUCCAAAAUCACAAUGGGUUUGAUGUUCCAGUUGAACUGAUUGAGGAGUUCAAUAAAUGGAUUUUCAAAGAUGUGUCAAGCAGGCGUGGCAGGAAAGCAGCAUAUUCCAAGAUUAAAAACACAUUUCAUCCUCAAGUGGACUUUGGCGUUGUCAAAAUCGGAGAAAAGGAUUUUUUUCACAUAAUGAGUCAACCGGGCAGACCUUGGGAGGACGGGCAUAUUAAUACAAUAAUGUAUUAUCUCCGAAAGAAGGCAAAAUACUCCCAAACAGUCACUUCUUACAGUACUGUUGAUUGUUGGUUUAUGGCAUGGGUUGAUAACAUUGAGAAACAGUGGAGACAAUCAGAAUGUGACAUGAGAUGCAUAUCACCGGACCAUGAUGUUGGACAAUGCAUUAGAGGAUAUAAGCUGCUUGCUAACGUUCCGUGGGAUAGGGUUGACGAAGUAAUCUUCCCAGUCAACAUCAAUGACAAAUUCCAUUGGUUUCUUGUUGUAUUCCGAAUCAAAAGUAGAUGUCUAUAUGUAUAUGAUUCGAUGAUGGGAGGAUCUGUUCAUUCAAGGAAAGUCAAAGAAGCUGUUGAUAAGCUUGCAACCAUGAUUCCUUUAUUUCUGACGAGCACAGGGUUUUAUGGCAAAAGGCUUGAUUUGUAUGCGAAUAAUCUCCCUGAUUAUCAACAGAAAUCUCACUCUGAACCUCUAAGUAUCAAGAAUGUUACACAUGUUCCUCAACAAGAAGAAAGUUCAAAUGAUUGUGGUUUAUACACAUCUCUAUUUGCCGAAUACAUGAGCAAUGGUGUUUUUGAUAUAUCACAUAUUGAUAUUGAUUCAAAAUAUCAUCGUCAAAGAUAUGCUACAUUACUUUGGCAUUAUGGAAAAUCAAAGAAUGAUGAAGGCGCAAUCAGUGAAAGUGAAGUUACAGGAACAGUUGCUAGCAAGAAGGGUGGACCUCGAACUCAUAAAGAACAAGUUAUGGACACCACCAAUUAUCCUACUCCAAAAUUCCGUAUCAGGAAGUAGAAAUCUUCAUGGCACAAUGUACUUUUUUUUGAAUGACUUGUUUUUUUUUUAACUUAUGAACAAUUUAUU